AAAUGUGAUUCGUGUGGACUCCUCUGCCACAACUUGGACGAUUUCAUCGAGCACCGGAACACGGAAUGUCGUAAUGGCCUUAACGGAGGAUCAGGAACCCCCUCAUCUUGGCGUUCUUCGGAUGGCGGAUGCACCACGCCUGAAGAAUCUUCGUCUCUCUCGCCUCUGGCAUCGUCCUGCGAAACUCCUGACGGUCAGGAUCUUCCCGAUUUUGGCUACACGAUCGGCGUUACCGAGAACACACCGUACCCGUGUCAGUUCUGCGAGAAAGCCUUCCCUCGUUCCAGUUACCUGAAACGGCAUGAGCAGGUCAUGACAAUUUUCUCUCCUUUCCAUUCGCAGGUCCACAGCGACAAGAUGCCGUUCCGAUGCGAUUAUUGCCAGCGACUUUUCAAGCACAAGCGAAGCCGAGAUCGUCACGUCAAGUUGCAUACCGGUGACAAGAAGUAUCGCUGCACUCAAUGCGAAUCCGCUUUUUCAAGGAGCGACCACUUGAAAAUUCACAUGAAGACUCACGACAACGCAAAACCGUAUCAAUGCUCAAUGUGCAAUCGUGGAUACAACACUGCGGCUGCUCUCACAAGUCAUAUGCAGAACCACAGGAAAAACACCGCUGAGGCCCAGGCCAGAGACGAUCGACAGCGAAUGUCGAAUCGUCCGACGACCAACCACAGAUCGGACAGCGCCAACGAUUCUGAUACUCCUCUGGCGAACGGUUUCCGUACGGACCGGCUGUCGAGGAGCCCUUCGUCCGACCGGCCCGCGCCCCUCUUGAGCUCACCGCUCGACCCGUUCACAUCUUCCCCGACGCCGGUGUGCUCCCUAUGCAGCCGCUCUGAUUUUGGAACGAUGGAGAAUCUGCAGUUGCACAUGCGAGCAGCCCACUCCAACUUCCCGGCCAUGGCGUCCCUGAUGAACAAAAACAUCAACUUCAAUCUGGCAUACCUCGCGGCGCAGCGACUGUCCCCGACGGAUGCCGGCACCGAAACUUACAACUGUCAAUAUUGCCGCAUCCAGCUGCCAUCGCCACACGCCCUGCAGACUCACACCCUGCAGGCGCACACGAUAAAUCCCGGAACGCUGCCACACAGCCUGGAAUUCAUAUCGAAGCUCUUCGAGGCCCGGGUCCUGCAGAUGGCGAACUCCGAGUCCGUUGUUGCGGCCGCGGCCGCCGCCGCGAACCACAGCUGUCCCCAUUGCCGGAUCGAGAUGCCGAGUCAAGCCGCUCUCGUCGAACACGUGCGAUUUGCUCACACGGACGUUAACGGGGGAGGUCCUUUCAUCUGCCCGCAGUGCGGUCAAGCGAGCCCGGACUUCGAGGCGUUCCGGCUCCAUCACGCAUCGCAUCUCCCUCCCAACAAGGUGUCCCGUGUUUGCCCCGAAUGCAACGCCGAGUUCGGAUCUUCCCAGCAGCUGGAGACACAUGUCGCUUCCCACUAUCUCAAACAGGCUACCGAGUUCAACUGCUCGUCGUGCAGCAAAGCCUUCUCCGAGCCCGAGGACCUGCAGAAACACCACAUGGAACACCACGCUCAACACCUGUACAGGUGUUCGGUCUGCAAGAAGGUGUGUGAAUCGAAAGCCGAAGCCCAAGCGCACUUCUCGUCGAAACACUCCGAGAAAACUCGAGUUUAUCAGUGCGGUAGCUGUAACACGAAUUACGGCUCGGAGGGAGAAUUCUCCGUUCAUGUGCAAGUCACGCAUUUAGCGAAAGCAUCUCCGUACAGAUGCUUGCUGUGUAAACAGACAUUCCCUAGUGAGCCGCUACUCCAAAGACACGUCGAGACUCACAAUCGUCAGUUCGCGUGCUCGAUGUGCGACCAGGCUUUCCAUGUGGAAUACCUCCUGCAGAAGCACAUGGAGGCCGCCCAUUCGACGCUUUCGGCGCAGAAUCUCACCCUGUCCAAGCGGACGGCGAAAUGCGAUGUUUGUGAUCUAGCCGCUAAUGGCGUGAGCCUCCUCUGCGCGUACUGCAACGAAAGCUGCAAGUCACGCUCGGAUUUGGACAAUCACAUGAAGUUGCACCAACACGGCUCUUCGAACGGAAAACACAAGUGCAACAUCUGCGACGAGAUUUUCUCCAAUGUUUCGGCCCUGGCUGAGCACAAGCUCACCCACUGCAAAGUCACCGUCGGAACUACCUGCGCCAUCUGUCGUGACAUUCUUCGGACCGAGAAGGAGUUCGCGGAGCACGUUGCCACUCACGGCGGCUCCGGAACUGGACUACCUCUGCCGUGCGUGAUUUGCAAGCAGACUCUCAUGUCAGAGGUCGAACUCCAGAUUCACGCGAAGUUCCACAUCGGCUCCUCGUCUGCGACUUCGGCUGAAGCGACCAAGAUCUGCGAAAUCUGUCACACUCAGAACGACCAUCUGGCUCGCGCACCUAACGGUAAAAUCAGCUGCGAGGAGUGCUUCGCGCAAGGAGUUAAACAGUCCAAGAUCGAAAAGUGCUCCGACUGCGGAGUGAAAUUCGAAGGUCGGAUCGAGUUUGAGCGUCAUUCCUGUCGGAAAGCCGAGCCCUCUCACAAGAAGAUCAAAUUGGAGAAGAUUUCGUGUUCCGACUGCCAUAAGACGUUCGAUUCUGCGGCCGAUCUCGAAAGUCACUCGAAGAUCCACCGUGAAAUCCCGUCGGCUUUCGAGUGCAAGCUGUGUCGAGGUGGCUUCGAAACCGCAACCGAGCUCCAGAUCCACCUGAUCGAACACAGCUUCGAAGGAUGCCCCGGAUUCACGUGCUACCUCUGCAGUGCGAUCUUCACGACCGCGCGGUCGUUGAGCAGUCACAUCACGGAGCACGGCAGUAAGCCGUUCGAUUGCACUAAAUGCGACAUGACGUUCUACUUUAGAGCUGAGCUGGAAAACCACGAGCUCACAGAACACCUGAACCGAACUCCCACACCGAGCCAAGAAGAGAGAUCUGCUCUCGAACCCGAGGUGGAAAUGACCGAGGACGGUGACGAUGAGGAACUUGUUGUUGCCUGA